GUCUCCCGGCCCCACGCCGCCAUGCUGAGCUGAGACAGAGAGACACAGAGCGAGAGAGAGAGCAAGAGAGAGCAAGCGAGAGCAAGCGAGAGAGAGAGAGAGAGAGAGAGAGAGAGAGAGAGAGAGAGAGAGAGCGAGCGAUAGGGAGAGAGACCGAACUUUCUCACGCUGCGGCUGCACGGACGCAUCACCUCCGGUCACACCGGGACGAAGAGGACGCGCUUCCUCCGCGGCUGACAUCGCGACGUUUGCUCCCGGGCCUCUCCCCCGACCGUCUCCCACUGCGUGGUGAAAAGUGAAAAGGAGCAUUAAUGCAUCAGUAUUCGCUGGCCGACGCCAUGACGGAGAAAGGAAACUUCACGCUUCCGAAGCCAUCGGAGUCCAACAUGGGGUUUGGCGUGCUGGGAGUGUUUCUGGGGCUGCUCCUUGAGGUCUCCACUCACGGACCCCACGCCGUGCCUCGAACCUCCUGGAGACACCAAGAUUUGGAUCUGAUGGAGUUUUCGGAGCCGGAGAUCUUCAACUACUCCACGUUGUUGCUGAGUGAGAAAAGAGAUGCGCUGUAUGUGGGAGCCAGGGAGGCCGUCUUUGAGCUCAGCAAGAAGAACGUCACCGUCAAAUACAACAAGGCUCAAUGGACAGUUGCGGAAAAACCCAUGAUGAUGUGCACGCAAAAGGGAAAAUCAAAAGAGAGAGAUUGCCUGAACUACAUAAGAGUCCUCCAAGUCGUGGACGAUGAGCGACUGUAUGUCUGCGGCACGCACGCCUUUCAGCCUCAGUGCGACUACUUGAAGCUCGCUGACUUUUCGUUGGACGGGCGGCCUGAAGACGGCCGGGGGAAGUGCUCCUUCGACCCGUCGCAGAGCUUCACUACGGUCAUGGUCGAUGGAGAGCUCUACUCGGGGACGGCUUAUAACUUCUUAGGCAGUGAGCCCAUUAUUUCCAGAUACUCUCCAUCCCAGUCCCUGCUGAGGACCGAGUACUCCACAUCAUGGCUCAACGAGCCCAGUUUUGUUUUUGCGGACGUGAUCGGCGACGGGGGAAACCGGGUGGACGGCGAGGACGACAAGAUCUACUACUUCUUCACUGAGGUGUCAGUGGAGUAUGAAUUCUUUGGCAAGCUGCUGAUCCCCAGGGUGGCGCGCGUCUGUAAGGGCGACCUCGGGGGGCAGCGCACCCUGCAGAAGAAGUGGACGUCCUUCCUGAAAGCCAAGCUGGUGUGCUCCAUGCCGGAGCUCAACUUUGUUUUCAACGUGGUGCACGAUGUCUUCAUCCUGAAGGGGGCGGACUGGAGGGACACCGUCAUCUACGGGGUCUUCACCUCCCAGUGGGGUAACGUGGGCUUGUCCGCAGUGUGCGCUUACAACAUGACCGCUGUGGAAGAAGUCUUCUCCAAGGGCAAGUUCAUGCAGAAGGCCACGGUGGGGCACUCCCACACCAAGUGGGUCCGGGACAACGGCGUCACUCCUUCUCCUCGUCCUGGAGCAUGUAUUAACAACCUGAUGCGGCGGCAGAACAUCAGCAGCUCGCUCCACCUGCCGGACAAGACCCUCCAGUUUGUUAAGGACCACCCCCUGCUGGAGGACCCCGUCCUGCCCAUCGGCAACGGGCCUCGCCUCAUCACCAAGGACGUCAACUACACGCAGAUAGUUGUGGAGAGGGUCCGUGCGCUCGACGGGAACAUCUAUGACGUCAUCUUCACUGGAACAGAUAAGGGAGUCCUGCACAAGUCAGUGGUGUAUGAAGGAGACGUGCACAUUGUGGAGGAGAUCCAGCUCCUGAAGAACUCCGAGUCCAUCAAGAACCUGCUGCUGUCCUCCGAGACGCGGUCCCUGUACGCCGGUUCAGACUCGGGUGUAGUCCAGUCCCCCACAGCCUUCUGUGGCCGCUAUGCGCCCUGCGCUGACUGCGUCCUGUCUCGGGACCCGUACUGUGCCUGGGACCCUCAAGCUGCUGCCUGUGUCAAUAUCUUUGACGCUCUGAGCCAAAGCGAGCUUAUCCAGAGCCUGAACGGUGACGCAAGCAAGUGCCCGACAGUAGUGAGUCCGUCUCAGAACUUCCGGCGCGUGGCGGUGAAACCGGGCAGCUCCGCCGAGCUGCCGUGCCUGGGUCACUCCAACCUGGCGCAGGUGAUGUGGAAGGCCAACGACUCGGCCCUCACCGAGGCCUCCCGCUUCCACCUCAUCGGCGAAAACGGCCUCCUCAUCUACAGCGUGGCUCCGGAGGAUCAAGGUCGAUACGAGUGCUGGUCGGUGGAAUGGGCCCCGGCCGCCGGGAAGAACUUCAGCCGCCUCCUGGCCGGCUACGUCCUCGCCCUGGAUCUCCCGCCGCCGCCGCCGCCUCCGCGCCAGGCGACCUUCGCCGCCGAGGCUGGAGAGGGGAGGCCGAGCGUGCGCGCGGCCAAGAGUAACGUCUCCUCUCCCGUCAACACUUCAUCUCCUCUGUCCUCCUCUGGAAAUAGCACGCCCUCUGCCCUCCCUUCCUCCUCCUCCUCCUCCUCCUCCUCCUCCUCCUCUUGCUCUUCCUCCACCACGCACCACAUAGUGGAGAGCCGGGAGGCAGAGAGUGUGAGACUGUUGCCUCCCCUGCUGAAGGACCAGGCCUGGGGGGUUCAUGCCCAGGAGGCCUUCCUGCUCUUCUGCCUGGCGUUGGGUCCCAGCGAUCUCCACAUUCACUGGCUCGUAAACGGACACGUCCUGGACACCCACGUGCGGGAGAACCGCCGGCCCGUGGGCCCGGGGGAGGUGCUAGUGAGCAGCUGGCUCCAAGGGGGGCCGCUAACGGGUCCUACCGGUUCCUACCAUUACCGCUGUGUCGCAGAGGCCGCCACGGGAGGUGACAAGUCUGAGGUGGACCUCCGCCUCCCCAUCGGAGAUGAGGAGAGCGUUCCGUCCAGGGAUUUGAACCAGUGGAGAGGUGCACUCUCAGAGCAUGAGCAACUGCUCAAAAGAUGGGAAAAGGCCAGGGAAAGCUGUGACGGCCACUGAGCUGCGAGAAGACGCCGUGAGCUUCACUUGUGUCGGCUGAGUCUGCUUGUUGACGUGGUCCUCGGCCCAGGUGGACCACCCUUUUGACACGGAGGCCCCCAGCGCCACUUCUCACAAGGGGGCGCACGGGGGGGGGGGGGGUUGAUGGGAGACUUCACCGACGCCUACCUUCAGCUUUUGAUGAUGGUGUUGGGACUCCCUCCAAAGCUGACCAGGAGAGCAUGAGGAUGCGUGUGCUGCCUUUUCAACAAAUAGGCAUUUAUUUCUAUUUUUAUUGAUACAAAAAAAAUGAACAUCCUGAAAGCAGUGCUUGUAUGGAACAAUAAAAAAUAAAAAAAACUGAAAUUUGCAUGUGAUGCAGCAUUUGUGGCCUGUAAAAAUCAUUGAUUUUACUUGACAUGUUGUCCGACCCUUCAAAGCCACCUUUCAGUUGGACAGUCUCACUUGAGGCCACACAGUGUGUUGGCAGUUUUCAUUUUUCACUCGUUUAAAGAAUUUUAAAUGGAUCAACCAAGGGAAAAGAUUACAACGGAAAGUAGAGUUCUUUUCAAUCUAAAUAUACCUCUGAUGUUUGUCGUUAAACGCACUUUUAUCAUCAGAUCAAAAAGCCAAGCAUCCCCAAAAAAGUGUUUUGUAUUUCUGCUCACAGUAAAAAUGUAAUUACCAACUGGCUUCUGAAGCAAAAGCAGAUUUGACUUUUUCCAUUGGUUACAUUUUACACCCAUUUAUGAGAAAUUGUAACCCGUGUGGGAUCAAAACUUGAGUGUCACGGCGGCCUUUUCCACUGGAGAACUUUCCACCAUCUGAAUUAUUAACCGGCUGGCGACCUUUCUGACGCCUUCAGGUUAAAAUAUAAUCAUUAAGUGAAAACGUAUCCUUUUCUAGAAUUAGUUUCUAUACUUUAUGUGUUUAUGCCUCACAGAUUUAUGAACAAAUGGCCAUUUCCUGUUAUAUUCUUACACUAUGGAUGAUCAGAAAAAAAAACGUUACACCUUUAAAUGUUCAGUGAAAGACUUUUGAUGUAUAACAAAAAAAAUGCAAUUGAGAAAUAAAUGUUGUGUAUAAGCAAAGUGUCUGUACUGUAAUGCUUUCCU